CUUCAUUAUUGGGUCCCCAAUUUACUCCCCAUUCCUUGCUGACCUUUCUAAUUGGCUACUUUCCUUGUUGAGCUUUGUCUCGCUCGCACAUUAUUGCUUAACACGGCGUCGUCUUCACUAGCCCCUGAGCUCUGUCUCAACAAAUAUCUAACCAUUGAAAAACCAAAUGCCCUCUAAAGAAAUAAUACUGGUCAGUUGUAGAGAUCCACAAGAUUGCCACUCUCUGUAACAGCGAAUCGAUCUCCAAUCUCUCCCUCUCUCUCUCGUUCAUUUCCUCAAUGAUUUCUUCAUAUCCAGCUCCAGCUCCAGCUCCAGAUCCGUACGAUUCCCUCCCAUCCGCCGCAGCUCCAUCGACCUUCCUCACCCGCUCCGCCAAUACUACAACCAACUUCUUCGCCACGCGCCGUCCAUGGCGCGAAUUGAUUGAAUUCUCCUCCUUCACGCGCCCGCUCUCCUUCGGCGAAGCCACAAUCCGCGUAAAACGCAACCUCUACUACUUUCGCGUUAAUUACACUAUGAUAAUCCUCGUUAUACUCUUUUUAAGCCUCUUAUGGCACCCUCUCUCGAUGAUUGUCUUCUUAGUCGUCUUUGUCGCUUGGUUUUUCCUCUACUUCUUUCGUGACCAGCCACUGGUGAUUUUCCAUCGUCCGAUUGAUGAUCGUGUGGUGCUUGGUUUGCUUUCCAUCGUGACUAUUAUUGCUUUGAUUUUCACUCACGUCUGGUUAAAUGUCUUGGUAUCGGUUUUGAUUGGGGCUGCUGUUGUUGUAUUACACGCUGCGUUUAGGGGAACUGAGAAUUUGUAUUUGGAUGAGCAUGAUUUGGCUGAUGAAGGCUUGUUUUCUGUUGUGGGGAGUCCUAUGAGAGAUGGCUAUACUCGCGUUUAAAAGUAAGAUUUCUUUCGGAAUUUAAUUUCACACGCACAAGUCAGGUGGAAUUUGGUUUCGGCAGGAGCAGCUGAUUUUCUCUCUGGUUAAACUGAAGACAGUUCGGUAUGUAUUAUUCAUAGAUAAGUAAAUGAACGAUUGUGUUUUUUUUAGAUCAAGGGGGUGUGCGUGUUUAUCAAUCUGGGACUUGAACGAGAACCCUAGCUCGUGUAGUACAAGAGCCCCAGUGAGGUACUAGCGCAUCGGUUUUAUUGCUUGUGUUGUUUCUUAUGAUGUAAACUUGGCUAUGAUACACAAGCAUCCGGAUAUAACAUGGUUACAAGUUUGGUGCCAUGGCGGAAGACCUGGAUCUGGAACUUAUAAAUGCUGGUGGAAGGAUUGGGAAGAAUCUUUUUUUAAAAAAAGAAUUGUUGGAAGGUGGGAUUGUCUCUGAAUUUCCCUUUUCUUGGCCUUAGAAGUGGCAUAAGUGCGUAACGGUCUCCUAUUGUCCUCCUUUUUUCAUGAAAAGAGACGGUCCAGAUGGUUGUUUGCCCAUGUGUUAAGAAGCAUGAAUCUUUCUUUAUAAGCUAUAUGGUGUACAGUCUCUCGAAUUUUAUCAUCAGUAUUAAGGCGGAAUUUUCCUAUAAAGGUGGAUCUAAUGCAUUUUCCCCAUGUGAGGAAAAGUUUUUCAAUUGAAAAAUUGACAAGGGAAAGUUAGCAAUGUUGCUGUCACUGGCCAUGCAAAAUCAGUGCCUUGCCUGUUGUCACAAUCCUUCGUUUUGGUGACUUUAAAAGCUAGUUUUGGUACGGGUCUCCCUUUCCCCGUAGUUUUUUGAAGAGUUUUUGGUUCCUAUCUUGUUUUAUGCCAGAUUGGAGGAGUGUUUCCAUAAAAGCUUCAAUUUAUAUGGGGUCCCGGGAGUGUGUUAGGUCAUUUUCCUUUGCAAGUAAUGAUGGUUCAAUGGUGUUAUCGCUUGAAGUACGUUAACCAUAAUAUCUGCUUAUGCUUGUGAUCUUUUCACGGAGUCUCUAUGUAUUUUCUGUGCAUGUUGUUAUUGCCUUUGUAGCAUUAAUUCAAGAACGUUAUUGCUUAGUGAUUUUAUUUUAUUGUUCAUUUGAUAUUGACAAGGUCUUGUGUCUUAUCUGUCUUUUUAGCAAGUAAUAAAGGUAGAUUAUUUGGCUGUUCACUAAAUCCUUGCCUAUAAAAUUGAUUCAUUUCGAGUACAAUACAAUUGAAGAUACCUCGGGAUUUCGAACAUGGAGUAAAAUCCAUGGUGAAGGUACCUCUGUAGCUCGAGUCAUGCAACCUCAGACUAUCUUGUAAUCCUUCAAUCAUCACGUUCUCUAUUUCCAUGUAAUAUGCUGGCCAAGUUAUGCGACUUGCAAGCCACCGUAGAGGUUAUCAGAAUCCAUAAUCUUCACAGCAUUUGUCUGCUUAGUUUCCUUCUAUCCCAUCAUACUGAGUGGACUGCUGGUUUUGUUUAGAGUUUGGAUAGCUGGCUGGAAGCCUAUGGCUACUACAGCUUGUACCGUUGAAUUCACUCUUGCAAAGAUGAAAUUUGAAGGUUUAGGACGAGUUCAUGCAUAUUAUAUUUUCGUUUAAAUUCACGUCAUGAUAUGUUGUGCAAGCAAAUGUUUUUGGCAGUCUGCUUGUAAGAACUUGUGUGGCUGUAUUGUACAAUAGACAUCCUUAUGUCCGAAGCUUUGAUUGCAUUGUACACUGCAGCAGACAUCCUUAUUGUAAGGAUUAUAUUCGUUGGCAUAUUUGGAUUAUAUUUUGGA